CUUGCAUGACUUCAAAUUUUGUUUCCAGUUCCUCUUUGGCAUAUAUCACCCAGCCAUCAUGUCUGGGAAGUUUUGCAAGAAUGGAAGAACAACAUGAUAUUCAUGUUUCAAGAGGCAACUCAAGGGAAGUCUGUCCAUUCUAAACAUAAUUCAGAAAAGAACCAACUUCCUUUUAAAUGUUAAUUGUAUGACUAGAAGUCUUGUUCUUUAUGAGAAAAGAUGUUUGAAGAUGGUUCAGAUGUGGCAGUUUGGUCUCAAAACUAGAUUUCAUAGAAUUUCUGUGUUUCACAGGAUUUCUGUAUUUGCUAUAACUGCUGUCUUUAUGGAGAUUUUUCCCAGUUUUUGGAGUGCUGUGGGAUUGGGAUCUUGGUGCUUCCACAUGACCCUGAAGUAUGAAAUGCAGCUGUUGGAUGAACUGCCAAUGAUAUACAGUUGUUGCGUGUUUGUCUACUGCCUGUAUGAAUGUUUCAAGUACAAGAAUACAGUCAAUUAUGCACUGCUUUUCUUGUUAAUAACAUACAGCGUCGUAGUCAGCAUAGUUUACCUAGAUUUGAAAGAGCCUGUAUUCCAUCAGAUCAUGUAUGGAACACUAGUUUCCAUCAUAGUUCUAAGAUCUGUUUAUAUAGUAUUAUGGGUGUACCCAUGGCUUAGAGGUCUAGGCUAUACAUCUUUAACUGUAUUUUUAAUGGGAUUUUUUCUCUGGAACGUGGACAACAUUUUCUGUGAUAAAUUGAGAGCGUUACGAGAGAAGAUGCCUCCCGUGGUGGGAGCUGUGACACAGUUUCAUGCAUGGUGGCAUAUUCUCACAGGCCUGGGUUCUUACCUUCAUAUCCUGCUAAGUUUAUAUACAAGGACACUUUUCCUGAAACACAGGCCAAAGGUGAAGUUUGUUUUUGGAAUUUGGCCUGUUCUUCUUGUGGAGCCACCCAAGAACCUUUGACUGAGGCAGCCACACGCAAUCACCCGGCCUGGCUGAAUAAAGCAUUUCAACAGUUACUCUGGCUGAAGUGUCAAAAUUAUGGAUCAGUCCAAGUACUAUUGCUAUUCAAGGACUUCUCUGUGCUUCGAGGCCAGUCGGCUGGAACAGAGCAAAGAGCUGGCACACUAGGGAAACAGCACUUAGUACAGCUUUAUUCUAAGUUGUUAAAACAAAGAUUAAGACACAAGGAUUUUAUGUAUAUAUUGUAUAGCUGAUGAUAUUGAGGUAAUAUUUCGUGCUGGUCACAGAAAACUAACCAUUUUUGAAGUGGAUUGCAUACGUUUUUUCAUUCAGUUUUUGUUCUUUCUGUGGUCUAAACUAAUAUUAGUAACUGAAUGACAAAACUAGGCCAUUGAUGGCCAAGCUAAGCAUCUGUGUGGCCUAUAGUGAACUGAAUGCUUAACCCAAACUACUUUAAGCUUGCACUUUUAUACAAUUAAUGAAGUAUGUAAUGGUUGAUUUAGGCUUUUAUUCUACCUUGCUUUUCAACAGCCUCCUUUGCAAUUUCUAUUUUAAGGAAAAUGGUUGGGAUACCUGUGCCAUUUAGUUCGUUUUAUACCAACCAUCCAUUUUCUCUUUAGUCCAACUGAAAGGUUCAUCAGGGAGGAUGUUCCAAAGUGUGACCAGAAGAAGACCGUGAAAUGGUGAAGCUUUAGAGGUGUUCUUAUUUGUGUCUGGGAGCUCAAUUCCUAAUUUUUUUGACCAGUGAUUCAUUGCAAAACUGUGGAGUGACUGUAGAAACAUAAGAAAUACUCUUUAUAAUUUUUUUGUAAUUGUUAUUUACAUGCCUAACUUUUCUAUCCCUUUCUUUAUUUUUCCAUUUCCCAUUCAUACUACAGAUUGACAAACACCUUAGAUGUUCUCUAGUUCAGCUUUGAAUUCAUCUAUCUCUUACUUUACAAGUCUUAAAUAUUGGUGUGACUUUCAGAAGCAUCUUCUUAUUCAGAAACUUUGAAGGAGGAGUAAAGAACAAAACUGAGGCUGAGGAUAUCCCCAGAUGCAAGGGGUAGUGCUUUGCUUGUUUUUAAUCUAUCACAUGCUUAGUCUAUGAGAAAGCUGACCACCUUUUAAAACCAGACUUAGGGGAUUAAUGAGGGAGACAAACCCUGUUUUCUGCAAUUCUUAUCUACCCAGCUGAUGAAAGUUAGUAAGUAAAUGUAAAGAAAACAUUAACACAGUUUUUCAAAAUAUACCUCAUAUAUAUGCUGUGGUUUUGAUGCUCUUGAUUUUGGGGCAACAAACAGUCUCCGUGCCUACUUGCUGCCAUUCUAUGCAAUUUUUGUCUGCUUUUGAUGCUCUGAGGGAUUUAUCCUUCUUACCAUGAAGAAAAAAAGGGAAAGGCUCAGACUGAUCCAAAAUCUCAUUUUGUAUUGAUUUACAAUGUGCUCACAGCAGCAAAGCAUGGUAAUACAGCUGUAAAGCCAUCUCCCAGGUCUCAGAGUCCUGGCUAUUGAACAAUCAGUGCUGGCUAAAAUGGUCUCCUCCCUUUUAUCUGUUUGGAGUUUCUCUGCAUCUUUCACAUCCAUCAGUAACUGAUGUGACCCUCCAAAUAAAAAUGUGGCUCCUGUUAUGCAACAGCCUUGGACUCUUGAGAUCAAAUAACCUCAAACUGUAUUGGAAAAAGACACUUAACCUUGAGUGAGUUCAAUGAGGUUUAAGCAUUUGCUGAUAGCAGUGUAUUUCAACCUGUACACCCCUACAAAGGCAAGUGAAGUGUAAUUUUUUAGCAGCUUUGAUGUCAGUAGGCUCCAGUUCCACAGACAAGGUCAGCAUCUGUGCUGGGAAAUUUGAGUGCUCUUCAGACUGAAAGAAGUUAGAAGAACUAGCACAGAGGUAGGAAAAAGCUGUUAUGGAUCAGGUGUCUUUAAUUAUCCAGAAGGCAUAUUUUUUGUAAAGAGAUUUGAGAACUGUUUCUCAAAAAAAAAUGUAGCUUGAAAAUAAGUGCCUGCCUGUUCACCUCCAGGCUUUCUCAAGCAUUUUUCUGCACAGUGUAUCCCAUUUUCUUAUUUACUAUGUUUACAUUUGUUCAUAAGUUAGGGAAGGAGUCUCCUAAGAGAAGCAGUGCAGCAGCAAGAUAUAUCAACAGUCACUUGUGACGUCUGCUAGGUAUGAUACUAUUUUUAUGGAAAUGGAAAAAGCCUUUCUUUUAGUGGCCUUAGUUUUGUUACUGAAGGAUCUGGGGGCUCUGUUUAGUUAAUUAAUUGCAAGAACCAGAGUGUCUUGAAACGCCACUUUCUAGAACCAGAGUGUCUUGAAACGCCACUUUCUUAUUGAUCAGGCAUCUCUACAAUGUUAUAUUUAAAGAAAUUUGUUGAUUCUUCUACACAUUUGCAACUAGGAAGUCUGUGAUGAGGGGGUUUCAGAUCUUGUUGGAUUUAAUUGUCAGGAUUUAAAAAAAAAUGGAAAAGCUCAUAUUUUAAUUUUAUAGUGCUGUUCAUUUUUCAUUUAUGCAUUGUUUGUUGUUGAUGGUUUUUUUCUUUAAAAAAAAAUUGCAAUUUGGCUUCUUCCUACAUUCCAAAUGAGCAAAAAUAUGCACACCUCUACCACCCUGCCAGCAGCCUUUCUUUCAACAGGCUAUUUUAGACCCUGAGGAAUGUAAUUUAGCUGUGUAUCCUUCUUAGCAUAAAUAAUCUAAAAUCAUGGGUGCUUUGGUUUGACUGCCUUACUUAUCUUGUGAGCGAUAUUGAAAAUGACAAGCAAGUUUUAACUAUAUGGCACUGAAAUUCAGACUGCUUUUUCUAGUGCCUGGAAAGACAUAUAUUCUUACUCCUGUAAUGUGUUAAAUGUCUGGUAAUUGCUUUUUAUUUAUAUCGCUUGUAUGAUAAUGUUGAUUUUUUUUUUUCCUAUAGACCUUAGAGCAGUAUAUCACAAGCUUUUCCUGCACUAUAUCUUAGCAAGUCGUAUGUGAUCCUAUUUUUUGAGUAGCAUUCAGACAGCAGCUACUUUAAAGAGAAUUCUGGAAUUCUCUUUAAAGAGAAUUCUGGAAGUAGGUGUCAUUUGGUAUGAAUUCUACAGGAUGUGUUGGGACAGACUUGAUAACAAUGAACUCUUCUAUUCCUUAACAUCUAUGAAGAACCAGGAAAUCUGCCACCAUACAACCAUCAAUUUGACACAGAUGAGUAGUAAGUAGCUCUGCAGUCCAUGAGCUGAAAAAUUCUUUCUUGGAAAUAAGAGGAAAAACUUUGAAAUUACUCUCACAGUACAGAUCAAACCCAUGCUUUAUUCUGGGAAUUUAGAUUUUUAGAUACAGCUCAAGAUAUGCAUUCUUCAGUAAGGAGGAAUCUCAUCCAUGUUUCAGCAUUCAUCCAUGCUGUUGGCUAGCAGUAUUAAUUAUCUCCAGACUUCAUCUUAAUGCUUUUCUGUUAGCACAGGGCUGCUGUGCUGCCCUUGAGUGUUUAAAACCUCCCCUCAGUCAGAGUUGGAAUAUGUAGUGCUACCACUUGCUGGUCUACCUCUGUCAUGUAUUGUACCAUAACUGUGCCCUUAAUUACAUUUGCCUGAGUGUGUGCACAUCAGCACAGCCUGACUUGGACUGUGCAGCCCCUGGGAGUGGCAACAGUGUUGUAUUGAUUCGUGGCUGGCUCUGUUCACUGCCUGUAAACAUUCUCACUUACUUGGUGUCUGUCACUUACAGCUUGUGCUCAUCUGCCGCUCUUCUUUGUGUACGUCUGGCUGCUUUAGAGAGAGAUUCAAGUAGGAGGACUUCAAUUCAGACAGGUGUAGUGAAAUCUUUUGGGAGGGAUAGAGUAGAAAAUAUUGCUCUGUAAUAAGUUUAAAUUCUCUUUUAAUCCUGUUCUGUGCUGUCUUGCUUGGCUAAAGCUGAAUUGUAUGAUUUGAAAUACAGUUGAUUAUUUUGGCCAUCAUGGGUUUGCUUCUAACACCUCAUUUCAAGCAACUGAAUGUCUUUUUCAUCAAACACUUCCAUGUGAAUCUCAACAACAGAAAAUCCUCCCAGUACUACCAGUGUUUCUCGCAGCCACUAUCACCUUGUUUAAUCUGCAUUCAAGAAUUUCAGUAAUACCAUUUUUUAAAACCUGUUUCUCUCUGUGGAUAUAUUACAGCAUUUUAAUAGCAGGUGGUGAAAUGAUUCAGUACAGAGGAGCUGUAAUGGAGCAGCCAUGCUGUUUCCUUUAGUAGACAUCAGAAUUCAGGAACACACGUCCAUUUUGGGGGAAUGUGUGCCCUGUAAUUUAGAUUAACAUAUUCAGGUAAAACUUUCAGUUUACUUUAAACCCCAUCUGCACUUUUUAACUGGGCAGUGGGCGUCUUUAACUACAAAGUGCUGUUUGACUGUGAGACUUUGCCAUGAAGAGGGAUAAAUGAUGGAGUCUUUAUUACACAUGAACAGAGAAAAGCCAGAAGGAGAUUAAGAAAUCUUACAUGAAACGAGAAUAACUUUUAUUAUUAAGCACAGGAUCUCAUAGUAUUGCAUCAACUACCCUCCUGGUAUCUGCACUUUAGAUACUUGAAUGUUUUCCUAUUUAUACAUUUAACUUUCCAUGUUGACUACUGCUCUCUUCACCACAGAAGUGAUGUAGUUUCUGUUACGCUCAGUUCAUUGUAGAUGACUUAGAGGCUGUUUUAUGAGGAUGGAACAUGACAUGUUUUUAAAUGUUUUAUACAUGAACGAAUGCAUUUUUGACCUAUCUGGAAUGUCUUCUGCCAGCUUUGUUUGAGAGUCUGUAACUAAAGAUGGAGAACAUUCUAUUAACUAUUAAAAUUGGGUUUGGGUUUCUUUGUUCAGUUUCUCACGCACAACUGCUUACCACUGCCAAGUGCCUGAUCUCAUUGUUACAAGGCUUUUAUGAGAGCUGGGGAUGUGUUUUCUUCUGGAAGUCUUUGGUAGGUGGGGGUCAAUAUUUUUAAAAAAUCCUCCUCCUGCAGGAAUCCCAGCACUAUUUUUAGUGUCUUUCCUGUUAGUUAUCCAAUACAUGUCUGCCUCUGACUCAAACUUGAGCCUGGCUACCCACCUUCCUGAUGCCAUUGCAACUUUCCAGGCUUUGAAAGUUGGGUGAGGGAUUUAGCUGUACAGGAAGCGUUUAUUGUAGUUCAGUGACAGGCAGUGUGAGGUCAUGGCAGCAAGCACUUUAUGUGGAGCCCCCUUAUUGGAGGUCCCAGCCAGAUGCUCUAAACAGGACUGGGGGCAGGGGGAUUCGUAUGUACAGUUUGAACCUCUUGCUUUACUGCAGAACUCUCCCAUUUUACUUCUUUAAUUGUUUUAGGUUUGACUAAGUAUGAAACUGUAGCUUUAAGAAGAGCCAAGUUAAGAGUUCAUGUGAGACCCUAAACCAGGGUGCCUGCAGUUUUGGAUUUUUUGCACAUAUAUCACACAAAUUGAUAAGACCAGAUUGUUAAGAUUUUUAAAAAUGAAAAUAUAAAGGGUCUUUUGCUUAUUUGUCCACAGGAAUAGCUAUAAGCACAAUUUUAGAUUCCUUCUUCUGUCCCCAAAGCUCUGGAACAUAUAUAUGUUUCUCCAAAGACAGUGGUGAAUAAAAUGGCUCAUAGCAAGUUAUGUACCAAAAUGUUUUCCACAUGAAACGUGUGGAAGAACUUUGUUUGGGUAUCCUAUUGUUCCCUGGAUUUUGGAAGAGAGGAUUUCAAGCAGCAUGAGCAGUAGUUACUCCUUAGACUGAACAGAAACUAAUUUUUCUCUUGAUAUUCCAAAUUGAUGUUGGCUAUUUCAUGUUGAUUGUUGAUCUCAGCAUAAUGCACAGAUGAUGUUACAGUCUGAUCAAACACCAUCUGUCCACCUGGAGUGGACAUGAAAUCUCCUGUUCAUUACCUAACCAAACAUUCUAACAUUGACACAGAGUUCUAACUUGUGACUUUCUCUUCCUGAAAUUCAGUACAUUGUUGCAGUUAGAUAAUAACACUGUGAUAGAUGAGUAGCAGGUGACUUGUAGAACACAGCUACACUGAGAAAUGUUUAUUGACAAUUUUGAUACACCAAACUGACCCUACCAAACCAGCUGGUAACCAACAUUAGGCUUAUAUGUAUCAGCAUAUCUUGUUUUCCAAAGCACAGUAGCUUUGAAAUAUUUAAUAUGUUUCAUUUGUUAUUCAUGCUAUAGUCAAGCACUAAUUUGUCUUUAUAGUACAAACUAUUAAAGAAUUUUGUUUCAAAUACAACA